GUUCCGAGACGGAGGCCGCAACGUGCGGCGGCACCAGCCAAGCAGACGCGCGGCCGCCCUGCUUUCUCUCCCGUCCAGCUCCCCCCUCUCCAAAUCCUCUCCCCCGCGUCUCCUCUUCCUCUCCCCCCAUCCCCUUCAAAGAGAGAACAAGGCAUGGAGGGAUCCACCCUAGCCGCAGACCCACAAACCCCAAGAAACCAGCAACCAGACUGAAGACCGACAUGGCCCGUAUCGGCGUCGCAGUGCUCGCGCUCCUGGCGGCCGCCGCGGCGGUCGCCUGCCUGCCGGCCCCGGCCUCCGCGGGCGAGCAGGACUCCAUGCUCCUGUCGCGCACGGCUACCUGCGACGGGGCCGUCGGGGAGUGCGGCGUAGACGAGGACGAGGAGAUGGGGACGGGCGCCGCCGGCACCGGCGAGGCCCUGCGCCGGUCGCUGGCGCGGAAGCCGACGGCCAGGUACAUCAGCUACGCGGCGCUGCGCGCCGACCAGAUCCCCUGCAAUAAGCGCGACAAGUCCUACUACACCAACUGCGGCUCCAUGCAGCAGAUGAACCCCUACACGCGCGGCUGCUCCGCCAUCACGCGCUGCGCCCGCAACAUGGUCUGAUCGCGUCCUACGCAUCCCGGCCUCGUCCAUCUCGCGCACGUACGGCAGACCAUCGGCGGAGAGGAGGUGUGGCCGUGUGAGCGCCUAAUUAAGCACUCUAUGCGUUUCUGCUGCUACAACAUUGAUGAUCCAACAAAAUUAACGACUGUUAUCGUUUUCGUUUGUCACUAGCUUCUAUGUACCCACCGUGUUCCUGCUAUUGCCAUGUGUAUGCCAAUUUAUUCUUUUGAAAAAUGUUUGUGUAUUUGAAGAAGAACAGAGUUCCAUUUUCCCGUCCAUAUUUUGAUAUGCUUGUAAUUUUCAUGAACAGGGUUGUCAUGUUGAAAAACGGGUUAGAAUUUGUGAAUACAUUAUAUUUACUCGGUUUAAUUAUUGAAA